AAUGACUUGGGAUAGUCUAUAAUGCCCCGCGGUUAUUCUUCUUCUAUAGGGUCAGCAUCAACAUACAGUCCAUUACUCAUAAACCCUUCAUCCCAACCAGAAUCUUCCUUCGUCCCACCACCGACUAACGGUCACAGGCUCAGCCUGCGAUACGCCUAUCCGCUCGUGCCGCUGGCCUCAUUGGAUGCGCUGUAUACCCUUCAUCACCAUAUCUCUACUUCUCAGGGCCUUCCAGGUGAUGUGUUGACAAUCGGUAUCGCCCGGGCCCUUGUACUCUUUGCAGUCGGGUGCACUCAACGCUGGCGCGCAAGGGGAGGCUGGGUAGGUGUGGUCAAGGCUGUCAGUAUCUUCAUGGCAAUAUGGGAGGCAUGCAGAAGGGUGUUAAGUCGGAAUUUGGAAAACGAUGGAAAUGAGGGAUUAGAGACCAAUCUCAUUUGGUUUCUUAUGGCGUUUGGAGGUCUGGGCAUCGUUGAAUAUCUCGUUUUUCUGCUCCUUCUCCGUUUGUCCCCGCCUCCUCUUCGCAUCAAUCCCCUCGCCCUUCGUCUUCCACGGUCCUAUACUCAGACAGACAUGCCGUUCGCCUUCCAUACCGAAAGUGCCAUCCUUACACCAGGGUCAUUAAGAGCUCAAAGACGAAUGCACGGUAGGAAUAUCAGUAACGUUAGUCGAACUACUGUGAGGAGUGACUGGUCGCGGAGCGAGAGAGGCGUGCAAGGAGAAAGGGAUGUAUUCCGUGUGAAUGACCAGUUCAUGGAGGAUGGAGAGGAUACGGAUGAGGAUGAAGGCGGAAGCGGCGAACCUGUUUACGAAUAUGAUGACUAUACUUCGGACGGACAUGACGGUUUCCCAGAAGGUGAUGAUGCCUCGUCAGUCUCUUCCUCCUCUAUCAUCGACCUCCCACCUCCUUUAUCCCCUGCAGCUCUAUCUGUGCCGACGUUCCCGGCCAGUCUCAGUAUAUCCUCUCGCCUUGGAGCCCUUGAUAGAUCUCCAGUCAUAGGGCCUCUAGUCCGGCGCACAAGAAGUGCAAGGUUUUUAGGGCGAAGCUGGGGUAGUUCUACAGGGAGAGAAGUUGAUGGGGAAGCAGAGCUCGGGCAAGCGGGCAGUAGUAUCGGACGAGAUUGGUGUACAAGAGAGAUGGAUGAAGGGUAUGGGACGUUUAAUGAUUGAUGACAUUGUAUCGAUUUUGUACAAGUAUCUUGGACUGUUGAUGGAAAAAAAAAACCAACAUGUAUAAUAUAUCGUCCUUGCGUAUAGGCGUGUUCUACGGAAUGAAUAUAGAAACAGUUUUAUACUUGUAUAAUGAAAGAGUCACG